AUGAUUAUAAAUAAAAACACAACUUCAACAAAUCCAAAUAUUCGUGCUAUAUAUUAAAGAAGAAAUUACGAAGAACACAUAGAUAAAUUGUAAACAAAACUAAAUUAAGAAUUUUACGAAAAACAAUUUGCUGUAUGGGAAAAUCGUGGAUAGAAAGUGAAUCAAGCAAAAUAUAUGAAACAAAGACUUUAAUAACUUAGAGAAGAAUCUUAAAGAUAAUUAAAUUAAAGAAAAUAGAAACUUGCCUUAUUAUUAGCUGGAGAACAUGAAUAACACAAAUAAAGAAUUAAAGAUAUGUAAGAAACAACAGAAGAUAUAAGAAGAAAAAUGCUUAUUAGAGUAAAAGAAUUAUAAGAAUAAAAAGAAAAUGAAAGACUUAAGUUUGUUGCAGAAAAAACUGAAUAAUAAUUUAUUAGAAACGCAGAUGAGUUAAGAAAAGUGGAUGCGGAUUUUAGAGAACUUAAAACUUUACAUGAAUAAAAUAUUUAAAUUAUGGAAAAAUAAGAUCUUUUAAAAAAAUAAUAUGAAGAGGAGAUGAUUUAUUCUGAACUUUAUAAAAUUGAUAUUAGAAGAAAAGAAAAAGAAGAAAGAAUUAAAGAAUAAGAAAGAUAAUAAAAAGUUGAAGAAAGAAAAAAAGUUCUUUUAUCAUAAUUAUAAAAUAAUUAAGAUAAAGAAAAUUAUGAAAAAAUUUACAUUAGAAAGAAAAAUAAAUGCUAAAAGAAGAAUGGAAAAAAGAAGAAGAAAGACAUUAAAAACAACAACAAGACCUUAAUUAAUUUAACAAAGAAUUAAAUCAAGAAAUAAAAAGAAACAAUGAAGAAUUAUAGAGAAGACAAGAAAUGGAGAAAAAAAUAGAGAAAAUUUAAGAUAAAGAAAUGGUUGAUAAAAUAAUCUUAAAAGAAAAAAUGCUUGAUCAAUUAGAAGCUGAAUAGAAAAGAAGAUUUUAAGAAGAAACAAAAUAAUUUUUAUUAAACUUUAAAAAUAGAUCUAAUGAAGCACAUGCUUAUGAAGCUGAAUUAGAUAAGUUAAUAUAAAUUGAGGCUGAAAAAUAGUAUUAAAGAUAAUAAGCAAUAUGGAAAAAGGAAAUGGAUGCAAGAAUCAAACUAAUGCAUGAAGUAUAUGAUAAUAGAAAAGAUAAUAUUGAAUUAAAAUAAUAAUUAUCAUAAAUUGAAAUUGAAUAAAAGGAGAUUGAAAAGGAUAUUUUAAAUAAAGCUGUUAAAGCUUAUGAAGAGGAAUGUGAAAGGAAAAGAUUAGAAUUGUAUAUGACAAAUAAGAAAUAUUAAGGAAAUCUUAUUGGAUAAAUGUCAGAAAAAGAAAGAAAAAAAUACGAAGAGUUAU